CUUCAUCAUCUCCAUCUGUUUCAGAAAAUCAGAAGAAAUGUGUCUACCUGUUAUUGAUCAUCGACCUUCUGAUCAAUGUGAUAACUACAGCAGUACUCACAAAGGGAUUACAAAUAUCUCAGGAUGUACUACAAAUAUAUCAUGGGAACACUGGGAGAAUGGACAGACGGGUGUGGAUAAAGCAGAAUUUAAUUACAGUGCACAUAACUUUCCAAAUGAAAUUUGGAUAGUACGGGAGAACUGGGAAAUUGCAGUGAAGAUUCUUUUUGUCAUCCCAAUAGUGAUUUUCGGCAUUAUAGGGAAUGUUGCAAUCAUUAAUAUUGUUGUGAGAAAUACAUUUCUGCGUUCACCAACUAACAUGUUAUUGGCAAACAUGGCUGCUGCAGAUGCUCUUACACUUCUUAUUUGCCCACCUAUGUUCCUUGUGUCAGAUUUAUUCCAAAACUAUGUUCUUGGUAAAGGUGGCUGUAAAACUGAAGGCUUCUUUUCAUGUGCAUUUCUACUAACAGCUGUUUUGAAUCUUUGUAUUGUGAGUUAUGACCGCCUCACAGCAAUUACAUUGCCACCAGAAGCAAAAUUAACUCACAAUGCAACAAAGGUUAUCAUGGCAGUCACCUGGGCAUCUGGAUUCUUGAUAGCACUACCUCUCAUAAUUUUCAGAAACUAUAAGGAACGCCAAUGGAAGAACUUCCUUGAGCAGUACUGCACUGAAGACACUACAGUGCUUCCUGUUUAUUGGUAUAUCAUACUAAUAUUACUGGUAUGGUUUCCACUGAGUGUAACUACAAUGUCAUACACAACUAUAUUUUUGAAGCUUGAUUACUAUGAGAAAAAACUGCAGAGAACACAUCAAAAAGUAUUUGUCAGCUACAAAACAAAAGUAGCUCGAACCAUGUUCAUUAUUUUAGUAGUCUUUGUGAUAUGCAGAGGUCCUUACACUGCUCUUAUAUUUGAAAGAUAUGUUUGGCAAGCACUAAGUCAAAUGAAUCAAGUGACAGAGAGUUUUCACGAGUUCUGGUUUGCAGCAAAAUAUUUUCUGUAUGUCAAUGCUGCUAUCAAUCCACUGAUAUACGGAUUCACAAAUGAAAGCUUCCGCCGGGCAUUCCGCACUUUACCGGUGUCCAGAUGGGUUUUUGGUAACAGUAAUAUCUUAAUGUCUCCUUUACGGGAGGAAAAACAACGGCACUCCCCAACUCCAGCUCCCAAAGAAACUAAGCACAAAACAAAGAAGAAGAAAAGUAAGAAAGAAGAAUAUGAACAGCGGCAAUGAUAAGCAAUUAUGGAAAAUCCAGAAUAUAAGAUAAUGUGUAUAAAAGAGCAAAUUGCUAUAGAAGAGAUGCUGAGGUGCAGACAGACAUAAGGACAGGAAAUUGCUUUACACACACCCACACACACACACACACACACACACACACACACACACACACAGAGAGAGAGAGAGAGAGAGAGAGAGAGAGAGAGAGAGAGAGAGAGAGAGAGAGAGCAAAAGCUGAACGUUCUUUUCGUCGCUACUAUCAGCUGCGCAGUAUCUCCUCUGUUUUUAAGUAGCAAUCUGUAUUUUUAAAAAAAAUGUAUCAUUGCCAGUAACAACCAGGUUGCUCUGGAAGAGACUGUCUUUUGUCUCAUGUGUAAUGAAAGAAAAAUGAUGAAAGCUGUCAAUACAAUUGCUCUUCCAUAUGAUAUCGCAGUGUAAUAAUAAUUAUGAAUGUUAUUUGGAGAUUUAACACAGAAAAUGGAGUUCAGAUCCAUACACCUGAUAUUUAAUCUGUCAUGAAAUUACUGUUUAGAGUAACUAAUGUGGAACUAUAAAGUAGAAAUUCUGUUGCACCCACUUACACUACAUGUUCAGAAUCUAAUUUGAUAAAUUCCCAUAUCAAAGACACAAAACAGUCUUUCAUUUUUUUAAAUGCUGGAAUGUAUUUACAGAUCAAUUAUUUGUCAAAUGUAAAAUGAUACUGUUUUAAUGUAAUGCCAUGUGUUUGUUGUCCAAUGCUGUUAGAUAUAGUGACGACACACAAACUAAACAUUUCUUAAUAAAGAUGUAAGGUUAUUUGCUAUAAAAUAAAUAAUUGAAACAUUUCAUUGUUUAAAACUGAAAUAAAUUAUUGCAACAGGAAUCAGUUGUGAACACUU